AUGUCUCGAGAAGCAUUGAUUAAAAACUUAGAAUGUAAACUUUUAUCUGAAAAAUGUGAUCUCGGCAAAAUUACAAUUCAAUAUCUUAAUGAAACAGAGAAACUUCUUUCUCGUCAACUUAGGCUUACAAUUGAAGCUGGCCCUUCAAAGAUUGUCAAAAUUAUUGAAGAUGAAGAUUUAAUUAUUGAGACAAAAUCAACGUUUGUUAAAUUGGAAAUUCCAGAAAUUUUAGCUGGAAUUGCUAAUAAUUUAUCUCCAAGAGACAUUUUAAAUUUUUUACAUGUAAAUAG